AUGGCCCGGGCGAGCCGGACAGCAUGCGAAGCGGCUCCCGGCCGUGCCGGCUCCCUGCCCAGCAGCAUGGGCCGCUCCUGGCUGCCCGCCCUGCUGCUGCCGGCGCUGCUGGGCGCCCGCCUGGCCCCGGGGCAGCCCCUGCAGUGCGCGCCCUGCAGCGCGGACAGGACCGCGCUCUGCCCGCCCGUCGAGCCCGAGUGCCCCGAGGCGGCCCGGCAGCCCGGCUGCGGCUGCUGCCAGACCUGCGCCCUGGGGCCGGCACAGCCCUGCGGGGUCUACACGGCCCGCUGCCGCCUGGGGCUCCGCUGCCGCGUCCCCGCCGGGGAGCCCCGGCCCCUCUCCGCCCUCAUCCGGGGCCACGGGACGUGCCUGCCCGCCAGCGAGGCCGGAGGGACGCGCACGGCACAGCCGGCAGACUCUGUUGAACCUGACGAUAUGCCUUCGGAAAGCACUGAAAUAACACAGGAUCAGCUGCUGAACUAUCAGUUAAUGUUUCCCAUGGGCCAGGAUAAGUCCAUUCCCUGGAAUGCCAUCACUGCAUAUGAAAACAUGAAAGCAAAGAGAAUAUCUGAACUCAAGACAUGGAAAGAGCAGGGCCCUUGUCAGAAGGAGCUCUACAGGGCCUUGUAUAAACUGGCGAAGGCUCAGCAGAGAAGUGGAGGGGAGAUUUACAAAUUCUAUUUGCCCAACUGCAACAAGAAUGGAUUUUACCACAGCAAACAGUGUGAAACUUUACUGGAUGGAGAGUCUGCUGAAUGCUGGUGUGUCUAUCCAAAAAGUGGCAGAAGAAUUCCUGGAUCUCCAGAAAUUAAAGGAGACCCAGAAUGCCAACAGUAUCUGAACUCACAAGAAUAAAACUAAACACCAAGGUUUUUCACACCAAGUCUUCUGGGGGCCUGUUCUAGUCAGGAGCCAUCCCAGAAGGAAGCUAUUUCACUAAUAUAGUUCUGUGCACCUGAUUUUCAAUGUAUGAGUAAUGCCAUAAAGUAACAUUUUUACUGCACUGAGAUUGCCUAGAUGCUCAGGUGACAAAUAUGAGCAACUGCAAGAUCAAAUUCUAUAAUCUUGUAUAUUUUGUUCUUAUAAUAUUAUAGAUACCCUCAUAUGUAAAGCUGUUGAAUUAUUUAUUUCACAGUAUAUGUAUUUUUGUCUCUAUGUGUUGUUACUAAUUUAUAUUCUCAAACACUUCAUAGCUUGAUAUGUAAAUACUUAAUAUUAUUGCUCUUAAAUGUAUACAACAUAUGUUGAAGGAAUGUUGCUACUUAAGACUUUAAAUGGCAUACUAUUGGGAAAACUGCUUGUAAACUUGCAUUUUUUGUACUAUAUAUUUAUAGUGUCAAACUGAAUUU